UUCGUUUUUUCGUCAGUGGCCGCAGCUGACAGACUCGAGUGAAUGUGGAAAUGGCAGCGGGGGGAUCGUACAGCAUAGUGGAGUAUUUCGGGGGAGAUGAUGGCUAUCGCUGUGGUUACUGUAAAAACGAGAAGGGUAAUUUCUCGCACGGCAUGUGGUCCCACUCAAUGACGGUUCAGGACUAUCAGGAUCUCAUUGACAGAGGAUGGAGAAGAAGUGGAAAAUAUGUUUACAAGCCGAUCAUGAAUAAAACCUGCUGCCCUCAGUACACCAUCAGAUGCCAUGCCUCGAACUUUCAUCCAACAAAAACUCAUAAAAAGACCUUGAAGAGAAUGAACAAGUUUCUCUCCAAUGGAGAGAUGCCCGUGGAACAGAAUGAUGGGAAAAAUGAAGGUGUUUUAGAAGAACUCAAAUGCCGUCUUAAGCCCCUCUCUUCUAUGCUUCAGAGGACAGUGGCUAUAGCUGCAGGAAAAACCCAGUCAUUUUUGGCAGGGGAGCCCAUGGACUCUGUGCAUGAAGAAGGGGUAAGAUCACCUCCUCAAGACCUUCUGAAAAAACACCAUACUGAUGUAGAGGAGAUCACCACCAGUCCUGACACAGACAGCAAAUCAACUUCUCCUUCAACACCCAGAGAAGAUGCAGCGCCCACCCCACCAGAGAAAACCUCACAUGUCACACCCAAACCAGGUAAAGGAGCCGAUCCCAACAGACCGAUGUGUAGAAAAGCUAAGGACAUCAGAAAAGAGCGUCGACUUCAGAAAGAUCAACAGAAGCAUCAGGAAGGAGAGUCUGCCUCAGUGACUCCUGUGCCACUGAAGUCCACAUCUAAGCAGCCCAAAUCAUUAGAGGACUUUAUUUCUGAGUCGUUACCCGCUGACCCUCUCCACCGGCUCGAGGUGAGGCUAGUGCGCUCCAACCCACCCAGUCCACAGUUCAAAGCUUCAUUCGAUGCAUCUUACCAAGUUUACAAACUCUACCAGAUAGCCAUUCACGAGGACCCGGCUGACAAACCCACCGAGGGCCAGUUUAAGAGGUUCCUGUGUGACUCGCCAUUAGAGGCCACAACAGCGCCUGAUGGUCCAGAUGUGGGUUAUGGUUCUUUCCAUCAGCAGUACUGGUUGGAUGGUAGAAUAGUAGCCGUGGGGGUGUUGGACAUCCUUCCCUCCUGCGUGUCGUCCGUGUACCUCUACUAUCAUCCUGACUUCUCCUCGCUCUCAUUGGGCACUUACUCUGCUCUCAGUGAGAUUGCCUUCACCAAGCAGUUACAGAAGCAGUCACCCAAACUCGCCUACUAUUAUCUGGGUUUCUAUGUUCAUUCCUGCCCCAAGAUGCGCUAUAAGGGUCAGUACAGGCCUUCAGACCUUCUGUGUCCUGAGACGUAUGUUUGGGUGUCCAUCGAGCGAUGCCUCCCUCACCUCGACACCUCUGCCUACUCACGACUCAACGAAGACGCCAAAGCUGGUGAUGCUCAGGCUUUGAAGGAUGUGGGCAAAGCUCUUGUUCUUCACAGAAGGACGGUGAUGCCGUACGCCGCCUACGCCCGCAAGCGGAAGGGUUCCAAUGAGGAGAAGGAUGUAGAGCAGUACGCCGGUCUGGUGGGCCAGACGUGUGCAGAGAGAAUCCUGCUUUACAGAUCCUAGAGAACCAUAAAAGCGUCUUUCUGGGCUGGUUUCUCUCUCUCAGUGUUUCUCUUCUCAUCGGUGUGUCUUUUUUGUACUGAUGUGCAUUCAUGCAUUUAUUCUGUCUUUCAGAAUCGACUGUUUGAGUGGAAUUUUAAUAUAUCUGCCCAACGCUUUGUAAUCCCACUUGCUGGCAUGCAUCACAAAUAAAAACGGGCACAUGUUUAAUAUCACAGUGUAUCCCAAAUAUAAGCCGUUCACAAUUCACUAAUGUAAAUGAUCUCUAUACAGUAACACAAAUCAAUGUGUGUGAGGGCAAAUUCUACCCUGCCAAACAUAAAAGACAUUGAAUUAAACAUGCAUUUUAUUUCGGCGUAGUCACACAGUCUGUUCGGGUGUUACAGGGAUAGAUCUUUCAUCAUUUAUUCACUCAUACUCAUGUCACUCCAAACCUGUACGACUUUCUUUCUUCUACUGAACACAACAGAAGAUAUUUCGAAGAACGGUAACCAAACAACAUCAAACCCUAUUGACCUGCACUGAAAACCACGGAGACAUUUCUCAAAAUAUCUUCUCUUGUGUUCUGCAGGAGAAAGUGUAACAUAGAGGUUUUAAGUGAAUGAUGGUUUUGGGGUGAACUAUUCUUUUAAAUGUUGUGUAGUUGUAAACCAAGGUUGCCCUAUGAACCACACGGAUAUGUUAAGCCACGACAGAUAGAUCGCUGCUCUUCUUAAGAGUUCUGUAUUACCAAUGUUUGAUGACAUGCUUUUGCAUUAUUGACCCGAAGUAUUGAAAUAAAUUUCUAAAGCAGUUGCUGUGCCAUGACACGGGUUGAUAUGUUGAGAUAGGCGUCGAAUCGUAUAUGAACACAUUUGUCUUUUCUCACUUUGUCUUUGUCUGGUUGAAAUGAUAGGUUAAGUGCAUUUAUUUUAAUAUUAUUGUUUUAUUUCAAACUAAAUAAAAAACAAACAAAAACACA